AUGAUGACGGAUUUGUUAAUCCGCUCUUCCCUACCACAGGUUUCCACAGGCAUGGAGAUCAGACAACCAUACCGACACUCCUCGUCAGUCGAUUUUAUAGAGUGGUACCUUUCACUUCGUUGAUUUUUUUUCUCCCAUGUCUUUCAGCUUUCAAGCUGUUACGUUUGCAGCGCAAAAUGGAAAAGUAAAUGUCUGGAUUCACCAGUGACGUAUUUUUUUGCCAAAGUUUCAUGGAAACAGCCAAGGUGGGGAACCUUUGCCGAGAGAGAUCAUGUACAGGCUCAAACUGUUGAUUGUGAUUGUCAGCCUGAUCAAACUGGGCUUUACUGGAAAGACAAAAAGAGCUGCGGUGAAAAAUAAUUCUGGGGUGACUCCAGCGGGUCUGUGUGGCACCUGGGUCAAAGAGGCUGAUGGAGGCCAGUUCACCUCCCCCAACUACCCAGAGAAGUACCCAGCGGAGAGGGAGUGUGUCUACAUCAUUGAGGCUUCACCAAGGCAAUGUAUCGACCUAUUCUUUGAUGACAAAUAUUCUAUAGAACCUUCUUGGGAAUGUAAAUUUGAUCACAUUGAAAUACGGGAUGGACCAUUCAGUUUCUCCCCUAUUAUCGGCCGCUACUGUGGACAGGAGAGCCCCAUGUAUGUCAGAUCCUCAGGACGCUACCUUUGGAUAAAAUUUGUUGCUGACAGCGAACUGGAGGCAAUUGGAUUUUCUGCAAGAUACAACUUCACCCAAGAUCCUGAUUUCAAAGACAUGGGAACCUUGCCACCCUUACCUAACUGUGACUUUGAGAUGGGGGGGCCAGAGGGCAUUGUGGAAUCUAUCCAGGUAUCCAAGGAGUCCAAAGCCUUAGACACACAAGCUGUGGAUUGUAGGUGGUUUAUACGGGCCCCACCCAACUCUAAGAUCUUCUUGCGCUUCCUGGAAUAUGAGAUGCAGAACUCGAAUGAGUGCAAGCGUAACUUUGUGGCUGUGUAUGAUGGAAGUAGCUCAGUGGAGCACCUGAAGAACAAGUUCUGCAGCACUGUGGCAAUUGACGUGAUGCUAAACACUGAGGUUGGCGUUGUGCGGUUAUGGGCCGAUGAGAGGAGUCGAAAGAGUCGCUUUCGCAUCCUUUUCACCACCUUUCAAGAACCGCCGUGUGAAGGAGACACAUUUUUCUGCCACAGUAACAUGUGCAUCAAUAACACCCUUGUCUGCAAUGGAAUACAGAACUGUGUCUACCCAUGGGAUGAAAAUGGCUGCAAAGAAAAGAAGAAACCAAGUGUCCUGGACCAACUGGACCAUGUGAACGUUACCAUCAUCGGCUUGACAUGUGGUGUAGUGGUCAUCCUUCUCAUUGUGUCAGGCAUUAUCCAGAUGAAGCAGCCACGCAAAAAGUACAUUGUGCGCCAGGAUGAUUUUGACCCCAACCUGUUCCACGAGGCUUUCGAGCCGCCACACUACGAACUGUGCACACUGCGCCGUGACAACUCCGCUGAGAUGGACGAGCUGCCACAGGACUUCCAGAAGCUGCGCCGCUCCUCGUCCAAGUGCAUCCGCGACCACCACUGUGGCUCGCAUGCCUCCAGCGCCCACGGCAGCCGCACUGACCUGAGCCUGCGCGAGGCUGCCGCUGCCGCCGCCCACGCUGACAGCCAGGCCAUGCUCCCUCACCUGCCCCUCCACCCCCCCCUGCACCACACCAUCACCACGCCCAGCGGCCGCCGCAGCAUCCUAGUCAUGAAGCACAGCUACUCGCACGACGGCGCCGAGGACUGUGACCCAGAGGACGACGAGCUGGACGAAGGGCCCAGCCACGGCAGGGCGAGACUGGAGAGAGCUGUGCACCGGUCAGUAUCCAACGAUUUCUGAGGCCUGUGGUGGCACGCUGUGUUUGACAGGUGGUGUGUGGGGACUUGCAUGGAAACCCCAGUUGUGAAUGUGGUGUUUUUAUGUUUCUCUUUUCUUUAUGUACUAGCAUUUGAUUCAUUUAUUUAUAAUGUGGUGCUUUAUGUUUCUCUUUUUGUUAUACCAGCAUUUGAUUCAUUUAUUUUGUUUCGUCAUCGCCUUCCAUAAAAUCAUGUCAUGUCAUGUGUAGAGAACAUGAGCAUAUCAGUAGAGAGAGAUGGUUAUACUAUGCUUGUGGAUAUUCCAUGACACUAAGUCAGGGUUGGAGAUAGAUAGAUAGA